AUGGCUGGACGGGACCCUGAAAUCAGGAAAGACACGGUCACGGACCGGUGGGUUGUCUUCUCACCUGCUAGGGCUCGAAGACCCUCCGAUUUCAAAUCCAAAGACUCUGCGAACCCUAACCACACCCAAUCGGAGUGUCCAUUCUGUAGGGGCCACGAGCACGAGUGCGCCCCAGAGAUCUUCCGGUUCCCACCGGAUUCCACCGUCGAUUGGAAGAUCAGAGUCAUUCAAAAUCUCUACCCUGCUCUCAGCAGAGAUGUUCAACUGAACCCUAGUUCCGAUGGCAUGGUUCUCACUGGGUUUGGAUUUCACGAUGUGGUGAUCGAGUCUCCGGUUCACGCCGUUCACUUGUCCGAUCUCUCGCCGUCGGAGGUCGCCGAGGUUCUCCUGGCGCAUAAGAAGAGGAUCCACCAGUUGUCCUUCCACCAAUCUGUCAAAUACGUUCAGGUGUUUAAGAACCACGGUGCUUCAGCUGGGGCAUCAAUGAGUCAUUCUCACAGCCAGAUAAUGGCUCUUCCAAUCGUUCCUCCUACUGUUUCUUCUCGCCUUGAUUGCAUGAAGGGGUAUUUUGAGCAGACAGGGAAGUGUAGUGUUUGUGAGAUGCCAGUGAAGGAUCUUUUGAUUGAUGAGUCAACUCAUUACAUUUCAAUUAUUCCAUUUGCCGCCACAUUUCCUUUUGAGAUAUGGAUUGUUCCACGGGAUCACUCUCCUCAUUUCCAUGAAAUAGACAGUGAGAAGGCAGUUGAUCUUGGUGGUUUACUGAAAUUGAUGCUUCAGAAGAUGUCUCUGCAGUUGAAUAACCCGCCAUUUAAUUUCAUGAUUCACACAUCUCCACUUCAGGUUACCGAUUCACUACUAUCCUACACCCAUUGGUUUUUACAGAUUGUACCUCAAUUGACUGGGAUCGGAGGUUUUGAACUUGGGACUGGGUGUUACAUAAAUCCUGUUUUCCCAGAGGAUGCUGCCAAAGUUCUGAGGGAAGUAAAUCUUCCAAAGUAGGGAUGUAAUAUUGGUAUUCUGAUGAGAGGUACAUAAUUUUGUUUUGAGGAAACCACUGUUGAAUGCGUUCACACAAUUCCUCUUGUAUGGUCAAGCACAUUUAUCAAAAAUAAAAGAUAUGACCCAUUCAAAAAUAACUAUCUAGAUCAGACUUAAAGUCUGGCAUAUGGUGAUCUGACACAACUCUUUUAGAAGUGACUUGAUUGUAAUGUCUGAAUUCAUUGUAAAUGUAAAAACUGCCAGUGCUAUAUCACAGGGAUUACUCCUGGAAUAACAUGCUAAUUUUAUGAAUUGACCUGGA